CUCUUUUUCUUUCCCCGUUUUUCGUUUUUCCCCCCGUUUUUGUUCUUUCUAAGUUUAUCGUUGUGUUUUCUGAGUUGAUGUCGCUGCGAUCGCGCGCAUCGUCGUCUGCGGCUUCACGCGCAGCAGCAACAGCAGCAACAGCAGAGUCGACUGAUGCUGCCACAGCCGACGCCACCACCACCACAGCGACAACCAAAGACACUGCUGCUACUGCUGCUGCACCACGUCGCGGGCGUCGUCCGACCCGAAAAGCGGCCAACUCGGACUCGGACUUGGACAGCAAAGCCAAAGCAGCCAGCAAAGCCGAGAGCGGCGGCAGCGACGAUGACGAUGGCGAUGAUGAAGAUGAAGAUGGCGAUGAUGAUGACGACGACGAUGAUGAUGAUGAGAAUGGCGAUGAUGAUGGCGAGGACGGCACGGGCGACGAGGACGGCUCGAGCGGCGAGGACGAGGACGAGGACGAGGACGACGACUCGGCUGUGAGCGAGUUUGAAGACCACCCGCGCCCCAAGCGCACUGCAGCUGCAAGCACUGCAGCGUCACUGAAGAGCAGCAGUGGCGCCGCAGCGACGGAAGCUCAGCCAGCAGCAGAGCCAGUCAAGAAGCGACGCGGGCGCCCACCUGGCCGACGCUCGCUCGCAGCAGCCGCAGCAGCCGCAGCCGCAGCAGCAGCAGCAGCAGCAGCCACAGGCACAAGCCCAGGAACAAGAUCAGGAGGGGCGUCGGGGUCGGACGUCCGCACGCCCGGGUCGGCUGGCCCGCGCGGUGGAGCGCGAUCAAGCAAGCCAAUCCCGACGACCAAGAAGGGCCGCAGCGGGACCAACACGGCUGCAGGGGCCAUUGCUGCAGCGAGUGCGUCUGGAUUCAAUCUCGAUGUCAACGCCAAGCUCAGAGUCCGAGGCGUCGUGCUGACCCGAGGAAGCCAUCUUGAAGCAAUGGACUCCUGGGGCAACUGGUACGAGGCCAUUGUUCGUGGCGUCGACGAGUCAGACAGCUCCGUCUGGGUGCACUUUUUGCGAUGGAGCGACAAGUACGACGAGUGGAUUAACGUGUCGUCAAAGGACUGGCGACCACUGGCGCGCGCCCCGACCAUCGUGAAGCGGAAGAAGAAGCCGAAGCGCCAGCGUUGGACCACAGUAGUGGUUCCCGCGAAAGGCGACGACAACGAAAAGUCGACGACGGCAGCAGAGCAGCGUGAAGCCAGCGCUUCAUCGUCAGCUCCGCCGGUUGCCGCGGAAGACGCCUCCGCCUCAUCUUCUUCUUCUAAUAAGGGCCAGUCGGCCAUGCAGACCUCGUCCAGCCAAGCUGCAUCGUCCGCGGAUGAGGCAGAACAGCCGCUAGGCGAGGCCAGCCGGCCCUCGCGGCGCAGCUCGCACAGCCGGACGCAAUCGCCAACCACAGCAGCAGCAGCCAGCAGCAACUCUAGUUCCACCGACUCAAAUGCAGGCAAUGGGCGACGAAGGAGUGGCGCAGUCACCCCGACGUUGCUUUCUUCCGAGUCACCAACCCCGGUGCAGCACCAACAAGACAGCAUCGCGCAGGCCAAAACACCAACACCCGGUCGCUCGGCCUCCGCGUCAGCCUCCGCGGCCACUUCCCCAGCGGCUGUCGCCGUUCGCAUGUCCCUUCCCGACUCUAUCAGUCAAGCGCUUUGCACGCCGAUUACGCCAAAAUCAGUCCAAGAGAUUCACUCGGCCAUCUCGCCCGCGGACAAAGCGCACACUGGCAGCAACGACGCCGCGGGGCCGAGCGUUGUCCCAGCGACAUCCGUCUCUGGAGGCGAACUGGAUGCGCUCACACGACUCGGUCGUCUGGGCGUCAAGCUGCAAGACAGUCAAAUCGCCGGUGUCAAGACGCUUGCUCCCGGUGCAGGUCUGAAAUCCAACGCUUUGCAAGACCAGAAGGUCUAUCUUUGCCCGUUUGCUGAUUGUGGCAAAGAAUUCCGCAAGCCGGCCAUGCUCGAGACGCACAUCAAGCACUAUCACGCCGCCAGCGACCCAGUGACUGGUCCGUCCGAUGAUCAGGAUGCUGACCUGCGCAAAAAGCGUCCCAACGAAGACACCGGUGCCGGGAAUGACAGCAGCAGCUUUGACGCAGAGUCGGUCACAGACAACGAAAUGUCACCCGUCUCAAAGCGGCCGCGACUCAACUCAUCCGAUGACACGUCCCUUCCAGAAUUCUUUUCUGCCCACCAGCGAGUCAUGGCUCGAUGGCUCGAUCGCAAGCUCUACCCCGCGACUAUCCGACAGGUCAUGGAGGGUGGCUCGUGUGACAUCUUGUUCGACGAUGGCUUCAAUAAGCUCGCCUCUCCCAGCAGCAUGCGGCACAUGACACCAGCGGAAUCGAGCCGCUACCCUGAUCCUGCUGCGCCUGCACCCGCGGCUCCAGUCGCACCUCGCCAGCGACGAGGUCCAAUCCCGCGAAAACGGACUUUGGAUCAGGCCGAUCUCGAUGACGGCGAAGGUGUCAUCGACAUUGCCACUCUUCCUGCGUAUCAACGAAGACUGCUGAUGCAAGACGAUGACGACGACGACGACGACUAUCAUCCGACCUCAAACCCCGAGCCUUCGACCCGGAAACAUGCCCCGCCCCCGCCGCCACCACCACCUUCUUCGCAUCCGCAGCCGCAGUCGCAGUCGCAGCCGCGGCCCGAGGCACGACCUGACCCACGCCCGGCGACGAUGCCGGCAUCUGUUGUUGCGGCUGUGUUAUCGGCGAUCGCCAACAAGCAAAAGGAGAAGGCGAAGGAGAUGGAGAAGGACGGAGCUACGACGUUUGCGACCUCGGCAUCCUCAGCGCCGGCGACACCAGCUGCUCAUGGCUCUACAGUCGGCGCGUCGCCACAAUCUGCGCCCCCAUUGAUUGGCUUGCCGCGAGGAUCUGACAGUGCGCUCCACAGCCCAGGCAGUGUUGCUCGCGCACCAGUGCGCACAAACUCGGGGAGCCGCAGCCAACGGGAGACCACUGGCGAGCCGUCGUGGCUUGAGAAUGGCCUCCCUGCUCUGUCUGACGCGGAGCCGUCGUCCUUGCCCAAUUCGGGCGAAGGCUCAUCGGUUGAGGACAUUCGCGCCCGGUUGAUUGCGCUCCAACAGCUGCAACACCAGCAGCCGCUGACCAGCCCUUCCGCACAUUCCCGUCAGCCGUCGCGAAAAGCCGACCCGCCGGAAGUCGUCCAGUUUAUUCAAUCCCUCGUGCCCACUGGCGCACCUCGCGAUGCGGGGACGGAGGAUCUCGUCCUCUGCGCGUGCUCGCAGUCCAUUGACGCCGGCCCGAUGAUCCAGUGCGAGCGCUGCAACACGUGGCAGCACUCAGACUGCCUGAACAUUGAGAUUGACAAUCUGGAUUACUAUCUGUGCUUCCGCUGCGCGCCCGAGCGAUUUGUCUUCAACUCUGGCGCGGGGAAGCCUGCAGAGCCGUUUGCGCCAAUUCCGACGGCAUUGAGCGGGCUUGUGCCACGCCCAGUGAUGGCGCCUCGCAUGUUCACUGUCCGAUCUGGGCAGUAUUGCGAUCUGUCGCGAAUCGGAUUGGUGUUGGCGUCGACAUCUGCUGCCCUCGCCACCGUGACCUCUGCGGUCCAGACAGCCGAAGUGCGAACCGAUGGACAGCAGCCACAGCAGGCUGGUACCGAACCUUCAGGCGCGAUGGUGGCUGACGCUGCCGAUCGACCGCUCGACACGUCGAUCUCUGCCGCCACUGCACUCGCGGCCGACGAAGCUGAGGUUGCAGAGAAACCCAUGACUGUUGACGAGUCGACUGACUCUGCGCAGCCAAUGGAAAUCGACGCGGCGAAUGCAGGAGCCGUGGCUGCUCCGCCAGCGCAGGAUCCUUCUGUGAGCGAGCCGCUCAUCUCGAUUGAGCACUUGCUGCUCUUGCGCCAGGUCGAGCGCGAGCAAAAAGCGGCGCGUGCGCAUCUUGCACGACUAGAAAAGGAAAUUAAGAAUACUCGCGGUCUAACAAUCAAGAUGGAGCCCACCUCAACCGUGACCCACUUGUACAAGGCCUAUGUUCAAGCGGGACACCUCGUGACCACUCCUGACUGAUUCGAUGAACUUCGCUUUGCGCGUGAUGAUUCGUUUUGAAGUGUUUGUGCUUUGUCGAUUUUGAUUGAUACUGUUUCUCCACUCGAUGGAGCCAAAUGACGUCCGA